AUGAGGAGGCCCCCGCCAUCGCCCACGGCAGCCGGGAGAUCCGCGGCCACCUGGCCCAGCUUGACCAGCAGCUCGGCAUGCGAAAAGUGGAGAUCAUCAUCGCGGACCACACGCCCCUGCCGGACGGCAGCGUGCAGAUCUUCUGCCAAGGCGUCAUGUUCCUCCGGAUGUUCCGCCGGGUCUUCCUGCACGCCUUCGUGCUGUCCCCCGUGGCCUACCGCGGCGACACCUUCUUCAUCGCCUCCGACUACCUGCGCUUCAUGA